GAUCCUGCAUGGGCAAUUGACCAAGAAACGUUGUCAAUGCUUUUCCAACUAUCACUAAACUUCUUCUUUGUACUACCUAUCGCCAAUGCUGCUGGAUUUCACGUAGUAACCGCUCCUGUGGUUCACCCGGCUGCCGAGGCGCUCUUCAACAUCGUUAUGGGAUGGACUCUGCUCUUCGGACCCAUUAUCUUUUCUGACGCUCGAAACAACCGGUUCAAAGGGUCCUUGGAAGCACUCUGGGCGGGACAGUGGUUUCUGACGAACGCCUUUCUCAUACCUUACAUGGCUAUUCGGUUGAACGAACAGGUUCCUACGAAGUCCCAAUCACCAAGCAAGUUUUGCCAAGCAGCACUCUCUGCUGCAAAACCAAUCGCUUUAGUCGGUGGAAUAGUUGGUGCACUAUCGAUAGCUUGGGGCUUGGGAGGCAGACCUGACGCAGGAUUUGGGAACAUCGUUGAUCGCUGGAACUAUUUUCUCCAUUAUAUAGGAACAGACCGUGUUGCAUAUGCUUUUCUGUGGGACGUCUUCCUUUAUUCGAUAUUCCAAGUCUGGCUCGUUCAGAGCAACUUGAAGAAGGUUGAAGGCCUGCGAAUGCGAAAGAUGGUGAGUCUGCUAAGCUAUGUUCCAUACGUUGGAUCAGUGGCCUACCUCUGGGGACUAGCCAGUGAGAUCCCAGAGAUGACGAUGAGCCAGGAAAAUUUACCUGAAGAAUCAAAAUAGCUGGAAGCGCGUCAUUUGAAAAUGAGAACAAUCAGCUCUCUUCAGUGAAAACUCGUAUUUUUGCUUUCGACUGCAAAACGUUGGCGCUGAAAAUCGAACAAGAACAAUGAGACGAGUUAUUAUAAUUCAUAAGAAGUACCUUGUAGCUAUACAACUUUUAACUUUUGAUCGAAGCGCGGUCCCUUCAGCAUC